CUCUGACUCCCCCAUAGCCAUAGGUGAUUGCGAAAUAAGGAAGAAAAAAAAGCUCAGCCUUACAGAUUUGGACCCAGGCUUCACCCCGUACAACCACGCCAGACACUCCAGACUUUUUAAAACUCAGGCACCUUUAUUGUGCCGACUUUCCGUCGAUCUGAUCCUCCUCAUUCUCAACCUCAACCCCUCCAUCUCUGCAGCAUCCCGCCAAGGUAGACCGGCACAACAAGAACGCCAUGGUCGCCGAUACCGUAUAUUACGAUGCCCUUGGGGUCAAGCCAGACGCUACCGAGUUGGAAAUCAAAAAGGCAUAUCGAAAGCUGGCCAUCGUAACUCAUCCGGGUUGGUCUACACCGACCCUACCGUAUCUUUCCUCUCGCUGACCGAUCGCAACAGAUAAAAACCCUGGCGACGACACAGCCCACGAGAGAUUUCAAGCCAUCGGCGAAGCCUACCAAGUUCUCAGCGAUACCGAGCUACGAAAGCAGUACGAUAAAUAUGGAAAGGAUCAUGCUCAACCGUCUGAGGGGUUCGCGGAUCCCGCAGAGUUCUUCGGGACCAUUUUUGGCGGUGAGGCGUUCGUGGAUUUGAUCGGAGAGAUCUCCCUGAUGAAGGAUCUUACCAAGACGAUGGAUAUUACUAUGCAGGAGCAGGCAGAAGAAGAGGAGUUUCCAGGUGAGGCGGCGGCAGUAAAGGAGUCUUUGGCUGAGGAGGAGAAGAAGGCCGCUGGUGAGGGGUCAAAAGUACCUCCUCCACCUUCAGUGUCGGAUACGAAGGAAAAGGAACAUUUGGCAACUCCAUCUGUACCUUCGGAAAAGCCUGCUGCUGCUCCUGGUGCUAGUCCAUCUGCCUCCGGGGCUUCUACACCCAGAAGGACUGGAAUCCCGAUUCGACAUGCGAUUAUGGAUAAAUCAGAGGAAGACGCUGCUGCAGAAAUGGCCGGGUUGACGGAAGAGGAACAAGAGCUGAGAAGAAAAGAGAAGAAGAAGGGUGGACUGUCAAAAGCACAACGUGAAGAGUUGGCGGCAUACGAAAAGGAGCGAGCGCGUAUUCGAAAAGAAAGAGUCGAUACGCUUGCAAAGAAACUGAUCGAUCGCAUUAGCAUUUGGACAGAAACCGACAAAGGACCUGAUGUCACGAAAUCUUUCCAAGAAAAGACCCGUUUGGAAGUCGAGAAUUUGAAGAUGGAGUCUUUUGGUUUGGAUAUUCUUCAUGCUAUUGGACAGGUAUAUUUACAAAAGUCUACCGCUCUCCUGAAAUCGCAAAAAUUCCUGGGUAUCACCGGCUUUUUUUCGAGACUAAAGGAUAAGGGAACGCUAGCUAAGGAAACCUGGAACACCAUCUCUAGCGCCAUCGAUGCCCAAAUGACGAUGGAGGAAAUGGCCAAGGCUGAGGAAAGGGGAGGCGAGGGCUGGACUGACGAGAAGAAAGUCGAGUACGAGCGUCGUGUUACUGGUAAGAUUCUUACGGCCGCAUGGAGAGGUAGCAAGUUGGAAAUUCAAAGCGUCUUGCGAGAUGUUUGUGAUGAACUUUUGAAUGACAAGAAAGUACCAAUGGCCAAGAGAUUAGAGCGUGCACAAGCACUCGUAAUUUCUGGAGAGAUCUUUGCAAAGGUAUUCCCUCUCUGUCCAUUCGCUUUAACGAGGAAUAGUUUACUGAUAUUGCAACAGGUCCAACGUAAUGCAGAGGAAGAGGGUGAUUACAUGGCUUUUGAACAACUCGUCGCCGAAGCAGCUGCCAAGAAGGAGAAAGACACCAAGAAGAAGGGCAAGGAUAAGAAGGCUGAUCCCCAUGCGGCCGCGGCUGCUGUGGCGGCAGAUGUACCGAACGUCCCCAAGGCCUAAUCUUCUUCUCUUUCUACUUCUUCCUUAGACGGACUAGUAUUUUCUGUUGGGUCGUGGGGCAUGAUGCUUUCCUGGGAGAGAAAUGCGAAUAUACAUUUUCCUUUUUCACGUUUUUUUUGCUCCGACUGAUAUGAUAUGGGUGUUUUCUCUUGGUACCCAUCCCAUGUUCUAUAUAGAGCUCUAGUCCAAUUGGAAGACAUGACAUGCCUUACGAUGAAAUGUUAUGGCGAGGAGGGUUUGGGUGUUUUUUGUUGUUGUUGUUUUUUUCUUUUUGCAUGGAUAUUUGGGAGGGGAAGAAAGGGAGGAAGCGAGGGAUUGGAAUGGAAAGAUUGAGAAGCAUUUUUUCUUUUUUUGUUUUGUGUGUGUAUUGGCGUUUUCUCAUUUUCGCUCUUCUUUCUUCUUUUUCUUUUCUUGAUUAAGUUGGAGUGAGUGAUGAGGUGUUCCUUACAUAUCUAGACUAGGGUAAUUAAAUGGAUUCUCCAC